CUUACAAAAAAUUCUCCAUUGUGCUUCAGCUGUAUAUGGGUCAUGCGCACUAAAGCAGAACUAUAAAUUGUCCUAAUACUGUGGAUUUUUUUGUUUACGAGAUGUUCAGCAGCUGAAACUUUACAAAUACUUAUUUUCUGGAUUAUUGCUCAAAAAUAAAUUUAUCAAAAGUAUCCUUCUAUGCAAAAAAUCUCCUUUUGUCGUUAGAAUUAUGCAUAGUUUGAUAAGAAUAAGUCAGUUGUUGGUACUGGUGAUUACAUUAAGUGAAGCAUUAAAGUAUGCGGCUGCUGUCAAACGUGGACCCCAUCAUCCGCGCAGUGAACGCAAGGUGGACCAGCAUUUAACCCAUGAGGAGCACCGCAUUGAAGAUGAUUUAAAGGAGAUGGGCAUACAAGCCUCUGUGGAGAAUAUGUCAGAGGAGGAGAAGAAUUUUUAUUAUUUUAAGAUUCACGAUGGCGACAAUAACAACGCUUUGGAUGGUUUAGAACUUCUGCAGGCAGCUAUGCAUCAAGAUGAACAUUUCAAGACCAUUGACCGUGAUAAUUUCAUACAGAAAGCUAAUGAUGAGCUGAAUCACAUCAUAGAUGUGAUUGAUGAAUUCCUGGUGAUUGCCGAUGCCAAUAAAGAUGGCUUUCUACACUACAACGAAUAUGUUCGAGCAGUAACUGGUACCAGCGACUAGUAUAGGUCUUAUUAAAUAUGAAGAAAAAAAAACCACAGAAAUCCUUAACUUCCGCAUUUAUUGUUUGAGAUUAAAGUAAAUGCCAAAGACUGUUUUUGGGAAAAGUAUGCCUAAACCUUGAUGGCGACCCUAUACUGGGAAUAAUUUGGAUGCCAAAACCCACCUUGAAGGAUAAGCAUAUCUCAAACAUUUAAAAAACUCGAAAUAUUUUUUAAAAAAAAGUAUGAAAAAUUAAGCCAAGUUUUUAUAUAAAAUUUAAUUUUUAAUGUUAUCGUUAUGUUGAAAUUUCUAUAAAAACUAACAUUUAAUGCUCACAAAAUCUACAAUACAAUAA